GCUGCUUUCUCGUGUGACCGCUGGCGUCGGGGCCGCGGGGAGCGGCGUCAGCCGCGGUUUAUUCCCCGUCAGCGCCGCGCAGCCAAUUCGCGGAGAACUUUAGUUUCUAACUGCCGAACUAAACGAGGGCCUCAGCGCGGAGCUCCGCCACAGGACCUAAAUAGUCAACAACAACAGGAACAAAAGGGGCCGGAGCCCCCGCGAGCCGGACCGCCGUCGGCACCGGUCGCCUGCAUUAGCGCGGGUCCCUCCGCAGAGCCUCCGCCGGGGCGGUGCAUCUGGGCCGUAGGACGGUGGCAGGCGACACGGCCUCAUCGCGGAGCUGCGCUCCGGGACCGCGGAGCCGCUCGCUUUGGGCGCCUGGAAGCGUCCGCUCGUUACCGGGUUGACGUUCACCGAGCCGCUGGCCUCGGAGCCCGCGGGGUUUCAGUCACAGAGCGGCCGUCAGAAGCCACUAGUUCGCCUUGGCCGGGCUCCGGCGACAGACUCCGGAAUUGUGCCGACGGUGGCGAUGCAACUUCAGCCGGCGACCAAGCCGCGGAGCCGACGGCGAAGCAUGAAGCUGCUGCGGAUAACGACGCCAAACCCUCCACCACCACGACCGAGAGACACGUCUCCAUCCAAACCAAACUGGAGGGCCUCGAGAUGCUGGUCGACCUCAACGGAGCGGGGCGUAAGUCAUGUCCUCUGUGUCCUGAGGAGAAGUUUAAAGCCUGUUACAGCCACAAGCUCCGUCGACACCUGCAGAACCUCCACUGGAAAGUCUACGUGGAGUUUGAAGGCCAGAGGAUGUGUAUCUGUCACCUGCCCUGCAGAAACCUGAAGCCCAGCCUCAGCGGAGACCAGGCAUCGGGAAGACACGUGGCUCACUACCACUGCGUGGUGUGCUCCGUCACCAUCGCCCGCAAGACGGACAUGAUCAGCCACCUGAAGCGCCACGUCAACAAGGGAGAGACCGAGGCCAGCUACUCCGUCAGCUCAGACGUACCGUUCGAAGAGCCGGCAGCUCCGUCUGGUCAGGCCUACGAAAUCAUGAAAGAACUCGGAACAAACGUGCAGCUCCUCCCGAACCACACCACCCCGCAGAAGAGCGACACCUACUUCAACCGCAAGAUGAAGACCAACAGACAGCUGGUGUUUUGUUCGCUGGCCGUUCUGGCUGAAGAGAGAAAUCCACUGGAGUGUCUGGAUGCUUUCGGAGCCACAGGGAUCAUGGGCCUCCAGUGGGCGAAACACCUCCGUAACGCAGUCAAAGUGACCAUAACCGACAUCAGCGACACGUGCGUCAAGAUGAUCAGAGAGAACUGCGAGCUGAACCACAUCCGAGUGGACGGAGGCUCACGCGGCCCCCGGGGGCCCGACGGGGCCGGCGGUGAGGUCGAGGGGGUGCCCAUCGCUACGGUGGAGGUCGCCAAGAUGGACGCCAACGUCAUCAUGCACCUGCGGCCUUUUGACUACAUUCACUUGGAUCCGUUCGGGACGGCAGUGAACUACCUGGAUGGCGCCUUCAGAAAUGUCCGUAACCUGGGCAUCAUCUCUGUGACGUCCACCGACACCGGCUCCCUGUACGCCAAGUCUCCCAACGUCACCCUGCGUCACUACGGCUGUCACAUCGUACGCACUGAGUACUACAAGGAGCUGGCUGCACGCAUGGUAGUCGCCUCUGUGGCCAGAGCGGCGGCCCGCUGCAACAAAGGCAUCGAGGUGCUGCUGGCGGUUGCGCUGGAGCAUUUCGUCCUGGUGGUGGUGAGAGUCCUCAGGGGUCCCUCACAGGCUGAUGAGUCGGCUAAGAAGUUACGGAAACUGGUCCACUGUCAGUGGUGUGAGGAGAGAGUCUUCCUCAAACAGGGAAACAUGGUGGACGACACGCUGCCCUGUAACUGCCAUGGAAGCCUGCCUGGAAAGACGGCGGUGCAGCUGGGACUGUUAUGGUCUGGUCCCCUGUUUAACACGGGCUUCCUGAGGAGGAUGCUGUCGGCGGCGGUGCAGCACAGUAUGGACGACAUCCAGCCGCUCGUCAAAUCGCUGAUCUGCGAGUCCGAGUGCACCACCCUCAAGUCUUUGGUCCACGGGCCGUCCGCUCUCACCAACCAGGUGGAGUGUGGAGUCGUCAUUAAGACCUUGCAGAGCGGAGAGGAGUCAGGUCCUGAUCAGUCUGGGAAGAGGAAGACGGGAGAGGAGUCUGGGAACGUAGUGAAGAAGCUGAAGUCUGACGCGUCCCUGGAACACCCACCUUUCUACUACAGCAUCCAUCGCCACAGCAUCCGAGGCAUGAACAUGCCCAAGUUGAACAAGUUCCUUCAGUACCUGACGGAGGCCGGCUUCAGGGUGAGUCGGACUCACUUCGACCCAACGGGGGUUCGAACCGAUGCCACACUGGAGCAGUUUAAAUCCGUCCUCACCAAGUACAGCGUCCCCACGUACACCAACGCCACCGCCACCGCCACGCAGACGAGCGUGAGCACGGAGAAAACGGUGUGAGAAAAACCGGGCAGGGUGAUGGAGGCUGAUCCUCAACCCCUGAGAGGAGACGUACGCUCUUUGGAGCCAAAAUCACUCUGCCCUCGGCCCCUGGUCUCAGUUUGACGGCUCCUCUGCUGCUUCUUAAAACCCAGACAACAAAGUUGUGACUGUGCAGAUAUCUUCAAAAAAAA